AUGGAGAUCCGACCAAGAAGUUUAAGGCGCAGCGGUAAACUACUGGGGAAAAUUCACAGGCUGAUUGAGAAACGGCAGCAGAAUGGAGAAACCAUUGAGUUGUCUGCAGAGGGCCGUCCUGAGCUGGUGGAGGAGAAGGAGCUGCCCGUGGUGGACUGCACCUGCUUCGGCUUGCCCCGGCGCUACAUCAUCGCCAUCCUGUCCGGCCUGGGCUUCUGCAUCUCCUUCGGUAUCCGGUGCAACCUCGGCGUGGCCAUCGUCAGCAUGGUCAAUGACCACACCGUCUACAGGGGCAACAAGGAAGUCCUGGUGGCUGCACAGUUCACCUGGGACCCGGAGACGGUGGGGAUGAUCCACGGCUCCUUCUUCUGGGGCUACAUCGUCACACAGAUCCCCGGUGGCUUUAUAUGUCAAAAGUUUGCAGCAAACAGAGUGUUUGGCUUUGCCAUAGUGGCCACAUCCACACUCAACAUGCUGAUUCCAUCUGCCGCCCGCUGCCAUUACAGCUGUGUCAUCCUGGUCAGGAUAUGCCAGGGCCUUGUGGAGGGGGUGUCGUACCCGGCCUGCCACGGCAUCUGGGCCAAGUGGGCGCCUCCUCUGGAGAGAAGUCGGUUAGCAACAACGGCCUUCUGCGGAUCCUAUGCAGGAGCAGUGGUGGCCAUGCCUUUAGCUGGGAUACUGGUGCAAUACACUGGGUGGCCUUCAGUAUUUUAUGUCUAUGGCAGUUUUGGGAUAUUCUGGUAUUUAUUCUGGAUUUUGGUGUCGUACGAGAGUCCUGCAGCUCAUCCCACCAUCACACCGGAGGAGAGGAAAUACAUCGAGGAAGCAAUCGGAGAGUCGGCAUCGUUCCUCGAUCCUCUCCAUAAAUUUAAAACCCCCUGGAGACACUUCUUCACCUCCAUGCCGGUCUACGCCAUCAUCGUGGCAAACUUCUGCAGGAGCUGGACCUUCUACCUGCUGCUCAUCAGUCAGCCGGCGUACUUUGAAGAAGUCUUUGGCUUUGAGAUCAGCAAGGUGGGCAUGGUGUCAGCUUUGCCCCAUCUGGUGAUGACGAUCAUUGUGCCUAUCGGAGGCCAGUUGGCCGACUAUCUGAGAACCCACAACCUGAUGUCCACCACCAACGUCAGGAAGCUCAUGAACUGUGGAGGUUUUGGGAUGGAGGCCACUCUCCUGCUGGUGGUCGGUUACUCUCACACUAAAGGUAUGGCCAUUUCCUUCCUGGUCCUCGCUGUGGGCUUCAGUGGAUUCGCUAUCUCAGGGUUUAACGUCAACCACCUGGACAUCGCUCCUCGAUACGCCAGCAUCCUGAUGGGCAUCUCCAACGGGGUGGGGACGUUAUCGGGCAUGGUGUGUCCUCUCAUAGUGGGCGCCAUGACCAAACACAAGACUCGUGAGGAGUGGCAGGGCGUCUUCCUCAUAGCCUCCGUCGUCCACUAUGGAGGAGUGAUUUUCUACGGACUGUUUGCGUCGGGUGAAAAGCAGCCGUGGGCCGACAUCGAGGACUUGAGCGAGGAGAAGUGUGGAAUAAUCAACGAGGACGAACUGGCCAAUGAGACGGAGGAGAUGUACCGAGGGGGCGGGCAGUACGGGGCCAUGAGCCAACCGGUGGUCGGCUCCAACGGGGGAGGAGGCGGAGACGGAGGAGGAGGAGGAGGCGGAGGAGGAGGCUGGGUGACAGACUGGGAUAAGUCUGAGGAGUAUGUUCAGCCACCGGGAUACAACUCCUACAUGUACGGAGGCGAGAAGGAGCAGAAGCUGACAUAGAAGAAGAAGAAGAACGAUUGUUUUUGGAAAGAGCCACUGAACGGACCUGCUGUGUGCUUUAGUACCACAUCUACAGAGUAUGCAUCGGAUUCAGUCCAGUGUGUGUGUGUGUGAGAGUGUGUGUGUGUGCGUGUGUGUGUGUGUGUAGGCAUGUGCAUGCAGUGGGUUAAACAUACAUGGAAACACAACCAGAAUUCAUUUACAAAACAACAAGACUUCCUAACCCUGACCCUGGUCCGUGAUUGGUCAGUGGAGUGAGGAUGUAACGAUAAAAUGAUUUUAAAUUAUUACUGAAAUUAUUUCUCAGAAAAAAAAAUACAUUUCUGGGUUAGGAUGGAACUUCAAAACACAAACUAUGAAUGAAUGCACACUCAAAAAACACAUAUGUUUAUAUAUAUAUAUAAACUACAAAUUAUAUUUUCUCUUAAAUUAAAGAGAAUCCUUUUUAUUUCUCAGAGGUAGCGUUAAAUGUGCAAUGCAGCGCACACAUUACAGGCCAAAAGUCUGGAAGAAACAAGUUUCUGUUCACGAUGCCUUUCUGAAACAAACCAGCAUGAGUUCUAUGUAUUUACUGCAGGAUCACACUUUGCUUUUGUUGAUAUGAACCAUGCUCCUCAGUUACCUUCAGGUGAACAUUAAUGUCACCAUAACAUCACUGAAUAAAUGUCGGAAAAAGAAACGAAGGGCUUAGUUUUAUGGUCGAGAAAAUUUGUCUUGAAUGCAAAAGGAAAAAAAGAAAUCACAGUUUGCAUUAUUCACUUUAAGCUUUUCCCUUCACUUUCCAAGCUUGUGGCCUGUAGUGUGUGUCCUCUUCUUAAAAAUGCAACUGAAAUUAUACUUUAUCUCGACAACAAAAUAAAAAAAUGCAUUUAAAAAAAAAUCCCACAUCAUAAUAACUAAAUGAGAAACAAAAUCUCUUCAAAUAAACAACUUAAAGGUUGCAUGUGUUUAUAAUUUGGGAUUUACAGAAUAUCUCGUCCUGAAAACCUGACGCUGACAAACGGUGUCAAUCAACUGAACUCAAAACCAGACUACGCCCCCUGAUGCCUAAAAAGGGCAUCGCGACUUAUUUUUCAUCUCGGCUGAUUGAAUCGUGUCAUGAUGCUUCGUUACGUCCCUGGUCAUGAGUGGGUGUUCUCUCUGGGCCCCACAGCGUUUACAGGUGGUUUUAAGGUCACGGGUCAGGGGCCAGGUAAUGCAUUAUAUCAGUGUCAGUCCUCAUAAAGAUAGAAACACAGGUGUGUGUGUGUGUGUUCAUGUGCGUUCGUUUAGUUUCUGUUGGAGCCUCAACUUUAAAACUUAAAACUAUGAACAAUGUCUCUCGUCUCCGACUGAACAUCUGAUAGUUGACGACGUAAAAUAACGAGAACUAAAAUAAACCUGCAUGUGGAAGUGAAGACGAAUAAUGUGGAGCUCCCCCUGGUGGCUGACUGCACUAUAGGUCAUAUAAGCCCCGCCCCCUCCACGUUAGUGGGCGGGGCUAAAUAAAGCAUGUAUCUAAUCUAAACUUAUCUAAACUUAAACACUAAAGGACGUUACUGUCAUUUUAAGCGGUUAAUGUAACGCUAACGUACGUUUCGCUAUAGUUAUAUGGUGCUAUCAAUAAAACAGGAAGUGACAUCAUCAAGAUUGACAGGUGCCAAUUGGCAACGUCCUGUGGAAACAUGAGAGUAGGUAAAAAAUAAAAUAUAUAUAUAACUUACAUUAGUAACCAAUCACCAGAGAGUCUAAAGGAAUUGUGGGCGGGUCAUUGAUGAACUGAAACAAGAUGGCGCCGCCCGUGUCCCUGUGACACGAGAGUCGGUUUAACCAGUGGGAGGAAGACGAGAUACGUUCCAGUUCUUUUUCCUGAAGUCUUGACUUUGCACACAGACCUGAAGCAGUUUCAGACGGGACAUGGUGUCUUCUCCUGGGCCCUCGGUGUGUGUCGGUGUGUGUCGGUGUGUGUCAGUGUGUGGCGGUUGGUUGUCGUGCUGUGGUGUUGGGUGCAGGUGCUGCAGCGUUGUGCGUUGUGCGUUGUGCGCUGAGCGUGUUUUAAUGAGAAGCUCUUUACACCCAGACUCACACACCGGCCUCUGAUUUCAUGCAGCUACAGCCCAGUGAACCAGGAACAGAGCGAACAGAGACUCAGCGGCUACGUCUCCGUGCUAAGAUGUCAGGGCCAGAGCUUGAUUUAUUUUUCAUUAUGCACUUUGAGAAAAACGUACAGAUAUAAUGUCGAUGAUAAAGUGGAUAUUUUGAGACUGUAACACACAGAGCAUGUGACUGUUUCUACAAAAUGCCGUGCAGGCAGUUAGAUGAAGUGAUGAAGUGAUGAAGAGUGUUAGGGCCUCCAUUAUUUAUGAUUUUAUUUACUUAUUUCUAUUAGUUUCUAUACUUAUCUUGCAUGAAGCUUGUGUGGUUUCUCUCAGGUUUGGGUUCAGUCUCUUCAAAGUCCUGAAACUGAGAACAACACUGCGUUAAAUGAAUAAAUUUAUUUAUUUCAGACAGUAAAGAAAUACAGUUAAAAGCAAAAAGGGAAAACUACCAAAAACUAGUGUCCUAAACUCGUAUAAAUCUGCCCUUUUCUCACUUAUUUAUCAAUAAAUGAAAACAGAAACUAACAGAGCUUCAAACAUUUGCAGCCCCGUCCUGACUAAACUUACUAUGACCCCAGUAUUUAAGACUUUAACUUGUCUUCUUCUUCUUCUUUUUUAAGUUGAUUAAAUUAUAACCCCCUUCCCUGUCAUUGAAUUGAAUUGUUUCUUGCUGUAAAUAAAACUUAAUUUCAGUGCGUGUGACUUCACAUUAUCUAUUAAAAGAUAAAGUAUUUCUUUGCUACUAAAGCUAAAGUUUCACCUUUUCACGUGUGCCUCAAAACGAUGACUUUAUUCUCAAAGUGCAUGAUGGAAAAAAAAAAUCGACCUCGUCUCAUUUGUUUCUCUUCAUGAGUGAAACUAAAACUCACCAUCCGGUCUGAUCAGAGACGAAACAUUUCACAUCCAAACACGAACAAAAGCUCAAGUCUGAGGUUCUUCUGCUGUGGAGAUUCACUUCUACUGGAAAUAGAACAGUAGAAGAAGAAGAAGGAGGAGGAGAUGACCAAGAUGUGUCCACAUGUCUUUCUGUCCUCAUUGAUUCCAGCUUUGGUUCAUCUUGUUUUUCUACCUCCAUGCUAGUGUCCAUGCUAGUGCCCAUGCACUGGCUGCUGGGUAAUGGAGUUCCUCUGACUCAAGUCUUUUGCAGCUGCACGUGAAACAACAUGAACACACACACACACACGUUUAUUCUAAAUAUCUUUUUCAGAUCAAAUUUGAGAGAAACUGCUGGAAUGUUAAAAAAAAAAAAAAAGACGCAUUAAGUUCAGAUGAGGGUUUUAACAGUGAAACGUGACGUCACUGAAUUAUUUUAAAGAGUGAAAAUCACCAGUUUGUUUGAAGCGAGCCAUGAAUGACUCUUCCUGUGAACAGUUUCAUUUCUAAGUGUCGUAUCGGUGUCUCUUUAAUCUUCUUUGUCUCAGUUUAUGGCCGUUCUGAUGUUGUCCUCCUCCCUCUUGAUGCAACGUGUGGUUAAAUGGUGGGUGUGCAAUAAAUAAAAAAAAUAAAAAUGAAAGAAACGAAAAUAUCUCAAAACUUGGAAGAUAUUUUAUGUAUAAAAAAAAUGUACAUGUGAGAUAACCUUGUGUAUAAUAAAAUUUAAGAUGAUGUUACCAUUUCAA